ACCCCCGAGCUGCGCUUCUCCCCGCGGCCGCUGCUGCCGCCGCCGUCGCUGCGCCCCGGUCGCCGCCUGGCUUCCAGCCGGCCUUGGGAAGGGCAGGGCUAUUCAGAGCUUGGCGGGAAAAAGAGAACAGAGGGAGGCGGGAUCGUGGUUGCAGUAUAAAACCCGGUUUUCAGGCUUUAUCCGACUCGCUGUAGUAAUCCCAGCGAGAGACAGAGGGAGCGAGCGGGCGCGCCCGCUAGGGUGGAAGUGCAGAGCGAGCCGAGCGAGCCGAGUGGCGCUCCGGGCGCCCGGGGAAGAGAGAUCCGGAGCGAAAAGGGGCUUCGCCUCCGGCCCAGCCGCCCCCAUCCCACCCGGCCCGCCGACCCGUGCCAGCCGGGCACAGCCCCCCGCCGCACCCACGAAACUUUGCCCAUUGCUGCGGGCGGACACUUCCCCUGGAACUUACAAGACCCGAGCGAGAGCGCGACUCUCCGGACGCGGAGGGGCUCUUCUGCCUAUUUGGGAAGACAGUUCUCCCCGCCGCUGCCCGCGACCGGCUCCUCUGAAAGGCGCUCCUCGCUGCUCUUUGGACGCUGGAUUUCCUUCGUAUAGUGGAAAACCCGCAGGCUGCAGCGAUGCCCCUCAACGUCAGCUUCGCCAACAGGAACUAUGACCUCGACUACGAUUCGGUACAGCCUUAUUUCUACUGCGACGAGGAGGAGAACUUCUACCAGCAGCAGCAGCAGAGCGAGCUGCAGCCGCCGGCCCCCAGCGAGGAUAUCUGGAAGAAAUUCGAGCUGCUGCCCACCCCGCCGCUGUCCCCGAGCCGCCGCUCGGGGCUCUGCUCGCCCUCCUACGUUGCAGUCGCGUCCUUCUCCCCCAGGGGGGACGACGACGGCGGCGGCGGCAGCUUUUCCACCGCUGACCAGUUGGAGAUGGUGACCGAGCUGCUGGGAGGGGACAUGGUGAACCAGAGCUUCAUCUGCGACCCGGACGACGAGACCUUCAUCAAAAACAUCAUCAUCCAGGACUGCAUGUGGAGCGGCUUCUCGGCCGCCGCCAAGCUGGUCUCUGAGAAGCUGGCCUCCUACCAGGCUGCGCGCAAGGACAGCAGCAGCCCGAGCCCCGCCCGCGGGCCCGGAGGCUGCUCCACCUCCAGCCUGUACCUGCAGGACCUGAGCGCCGCCGCCUCCGAGUGCAUCGACCCCUCCGUGGUCUUCCCCUACCCGCUCAACGACAGCAGCUCGCCCAAGCCCUGCGCCUCCCCGGACUCCACCGCCUUCUCUCCAUCCUCGGACUCUCUGCUCUCCUCGGCCGAGUCGUCCCCGCGGGCCAGUCCCGAGCCCCUGGCGCUCCACGAGGAAACACCACCCACCACAAGCAGCGACUCCGAGGAAGAACAAGAGGAUGAAGAAGAAAUUGAUGUUGUUUCUGUGGAAAAAAGGCAGCCCCCUGCCAAAAGGUCAGAAUCAGGGUCACCCUCGGCAGGAAGCCACAGCAAACCCCCUCACAGCCCACUGGUUCUUAAAAGAUGCCAUGUGUCCACCCAUCAGCACAAUUACGCAGCGCCCCCCUCCACCAGGAAGGACUAUCCAGCUGCCAAGAGGGCUAAGUUGGACAGUGGCAGAGUCCUCAAACAGAUCAGCAACAACCGCAAAUGUGCCAGCCCCCGGUCUUCAGACACCGAGGAGAAUGACAAGAGGCGGACACACAACGUCUUAGAACGCCAGAGGAGAAACGAGCUGAAACGGAGCUUCUUUGCCCUGCGAGACCAGAUCCCAGAGUUGGAAAACAAUGAAAAGGCCCCCAAGGUAGUCAUCCUUAAAAAAGCCACCGCAUAUAUCCUGUCCGUCCAGACAGAGGAGCAGAAGCUCAUUUCAGAAAAGGACUUGUUGCGGAAGCGGCGAGAACAGUUAAAACACAAACUUGAACAGCUAAGGAACUCUGGUGCCUAAGUCCACCUAUGGGAGGGAGGAACUGGGAUUGCUCAUGAAUUCUCAUUUGUUACUAAGAGAAAGUAAGGAAAAAGGUUCCUUCUGACAGAACUGUAGCAACCUCUCCUAUCUGAACUUUUUUCAAAUGCAUGUUCAAGUGCAACCUCACAACCUUGGCUAAGUCUUAGGAUUGAAAGGUUUAGCCAUAAUGUAAACUGCCUCAAAUGGAACUUUGGACAUAAAAGAACUUUUUUUUAUGCUUGCCAUCUUUUUUUUUUUUUUUUCCUUUUAACAGAUUUGUAUUUAAGAAUUGUUUUUAAAAAAUGGUAAAGUUUACCCCACUUCCCCAUGUAAAUAUGGCCAUUAAAUGUAAAUAACUUUAAUAAAACGUUUAUAGCAGUUAUACAAGAAUUCAAACCAUGUAUUAUAAACCAUAAUUUUUUUUAUUUAAGUACAUCAUCCUUUUUAAAGUUGAUUUUUUUCUAUUGUUUUUAGAAAAAAUAAAAUACCUGGCAAAUAUAUAAUUGAGCCAAAUCUUAGAAGUUGUGAGUGUUUUGUUUCUUUUCUUGCCUUUUUUUUUUUUCCUUUCCAUUCUCUUUCCAUCAAUUCCGAGUCCCACCAUUUCACCCUCAAGGGAAUGAAUUUACAAAGAUGGGAAAAGAAGUUAUUUAAGAAAAGAGAGGGCUUUUCUUUGUUAAAAUGGGUCUGGGGCUUUAAGGUCUUUAUUUUCUCAGGGUUAUAAGAUGCUUCCUGGAGAUUGGUGAUAGGGCCAGAGAGAGUUGCUACAUGAAAGAAUGAACAGGCGGGUAGACUGGUCAGAAGGCAAAGGAUGCCAGUGGCUAAAGAUAAGUUAAGUAUACAAACGGGUAAGGGCUGGGGGUGGGAGGAAGAUGAAGAAACUCCAGCUGGGUUAACCCAUGCUACCCCACUGCUGCUUAACUACUAUUCCCUGGUGCUAGGCCCUUUACUCAGGUUAUCUCUAAAGUGCUCCAGGAGGCAAGUUAGUUAACCCUGUUUUACAAACAAUGAAAUAGACUCAGAGGGCUUUUGCAACUUCUCUCGGAGGGCCCACAGUCAGAGGCUGCCUCCAAAGUCCCCGUCCCAUUGAAAAAUACUUACCACUUCACUAUUAUGCCUUAGUUCAUCCUGGGUCUAAAGUGCUAAGGCCAGGAAUGCUUUUGCUUUGGGGUCUGAUGGACCAACUCGAGUAAUAGCCAUACUAACCUACUCUUAUGUCAGGCAUUCUUAGAAGCAUUUUCCUUGCAAUAAUUUCACUGCAAACCUAUGAAGGAAAUCAGCCCAAUGUUGAUUUCCCUAUAAUAGAAAGGGAAACUGAGGCACAGAAGACUCCGCUAGGUGCCCAGAGCCCACUGAUAAUGAACAGUAGAGCCAGGAUUCAAACCCAGGCAGUCCACUCAGCCUGUGCUCAAACACCCUGCCAAAAAGCCAGUGGGAAUAAACGGGCCACUCAUAAGAACAGGGGUUAGACCAAUCUAGUGGGUCACGUGCCAUAAAUCUCAACAUUGAGGCCCUGUAGGGCAUCAGUUCCCCUUUUGUUUGUUUCAUUUUGCUAUUUUGUUGUUCAUUGUUUCAUGUUUUUCUUUCUCUGAGAAACCCACAAGUCAUUCACUCCUACCUUAGCCAUUUGUUAAAUGCAAUUCACCCGUUUCUCCUGGGAAGCAGCCAGUUUGGAAUGCUACUGCUCAGAUCAUAAAAUAAAACAUACUUACUCUUU